AUGGACACUUAUAACCCAGACAUCAACCUCUCAAGUGCUGUACUCAGAUGUCCAUAUUCACAGUGUAAUGCGCGCAUCAUAACGCCCAAGUGCAACGUUGUUAAGCGCAUUGAAACCGGUAUUCCCUUCAUAAAAGUUGGAGAGGAUGUUUCUACAGAUGCGAUUACCGAUAACUUCAUCAUCGUUGACGAUGUGUGGGAUUUUGACAACAUUGGAGUCUCCAAACCUACAGACCAGUUUGUCGAGUCCGGUGUGAAAGUCGAAAGACUAAUCAUCUGUUCUGAGUGUGAUCGUGGUCCACUGGGAUUUGCAUUCUUUGACAAUGACGAUGAAAAAGACGUCAAGAAGUUGAAAUACGCGGUUCAUUUGGAUUCAUUUGUAUACGACCUUAAGCAAUAA